GCGGCGGCGGCGGGGAGCGGCGGCGGCAGGAUGUUAGGGCAGCAGCAGCAGCAGCAGCAGCAACUGUACUCGUCGGCCGCGCUCCUGAGCGGGGAGCGGAGCCGGCUCCUCACCUGCUACGUGCAGGACUACCUGGAGUGUGUGGAGUCGCUGCCCCACGACAUGCAGAGAAACGUGUCCGUGCUGCGGGAGCUGGACAAUAAAUAUCAAGAAACAUUAAAGGAAAUUGAUGAUGUCUAUGAAAAGUAUAAGAAAGAAGAUGAUUCAAACCAGAAGAAACGCCUACAGCAGCAUCUCCAGAGAGCAUUAAUCAAUAGCCAAGAACUGGGAGAUGAAAAAAUUCAGAUUGUCACACAAAUGCUUGAAUUGGUGGAAAAUCGAGCACGACAAAUGGAGCUACAUUCCCAGUGUUUCCAAGAUCCUGCUGAAAGUGAACGAGCCUCAGAUAAGGCCAAGCUGGAUCCCACUCAACCGGAAAGGUCAUCCAGAAGGCCACGCAGACAGCGGACCAGCGAGAGCCGCGAUUUAUGCCACAUGACAAAUGGCAUUGAAGACUGUGAUGAUCAGCCACCUAAAGAGAAGAAAUCCAAGUCAGCUAAGAAGAAGAAGCGCUCCAAGGCCAAGCAGGAAAGGGAAACGUCACCUGUAGAGUUUGCCAUAGAUCCCAAUGAACCUACAUACUGUUUGUGUAACCAAGUGUCUUACGGAGAAAUGAUAGGAUGUGACAAUGAACAAUGUCCCAUUGAGUGGUUUCACUUUUCAUGUGUUUCACUUACCUAUAAACCAAAGGGGAAAUGGUAUUGCCCAAAGUGCAGGGGAGAUAAUGAGAAAACAAUGGACAAAAGUACUGAAAAGACAAAAAAGGAGAGAAGAUCGAGGUAGUGAAGGCCAUCCAUAUUUUAAAAGGGUUACUUGUCUUUUAUAUAAUUCGUUUACUUUCAGAAAAUGUUUUAGGGUAAAUGCAUAAGACUAUGCAAUAAUUUUUAAUCAUUAGUAUUAAUGGUGUAUUAAAAGUUGUUGUACUUUGUCUGUGACCUUAAUUUUCUGCACUGAAUUACCAAAUAUUUUAAAUCAGGUGGUCUUUAGAUUGCCUGGUGAAGGAAGCAGGGAACAGGGAGAGAGUGGUAAGAGUCAGAGACACUUCCAGAACCAUGCCUAUUUCAUUUUCACCUAAAACAGCAAUAUUUUUUGGGUAAACACAAAAGUUUUGCUAACAUUUUAGUUCUGUUUGCAAAAGCAAUUUUAGAUAUUCUUGAAUUUCUCUCUGUCAAAUUACCUUGGGUAAAUUUCAGCUAUGAACACUAUUCUAUUUGGAGCUGCUUCUUACCUAGCCCCAUUUAUCCACAUACUUGUUACUUUCUAGUCUUCCAGACCCAUAAGGAAGGAACUAGAGAUAAGAAUAAUUUGGGAUUCCAUGUGGAAUACUGUGCUCUCAUUAGAGUAUUUGCUGCUGUAUUUUUCCUUGGUAGCAUUUUGAUACACAGUCUACAGCAGCCUUUGUAAAUGCCUUGCUGCUUCUUCAAUAUAACUUCAGUGCUCAAGAAGGGAGUUGUUUUGUGUUUUGUUUGACUUACUUGGGACAAGUGUUUGGUUGGGAUACAAAGAAAUGCUGCCAUUGGCUCAUAUUAGCAAGAUUUGGAUAUUUAGUAUCAUGGUUCAAAUGAUGAAAACAAUGCCUCAGACUUGUCAGUGGAAAAAGGGCAUUACACUAGUCUUUAAACAUUACCUUUUAUGUCAGGCAGUUGUUUUAAAUAGUUUUGCUUGGGGUCUAGAGUUUUAUUUCUGCCUCAAUUGGUGAUUAUACAUUAUUUAAAUAAUAGUGUAUUUACCUUAACUUUCUGAUAUUGGUGCUGUUUGAUGUUUUCAUGUUUAUUGACCUAAUUUCAUUAUAAAAAUACAAUUAAUAAUGUAUUUGUAAAUUGGAUUUUCUAAGAGUCUAAUAUUUUAAGGGUAAGCAUCUUGAUGGAUAUAUAUCCAUGUGUUUGGAGCAACUUUUUGUUUUGGGGGGACAGCAGAUUGACAGUCUUUUAAACUGAUGUAUAACAUACUUUUUAUUCCUUGUUUCUUCCUAAUUUGAUGACCUUGAUUGUUUUUGAUUAACAUGUGAAAAAUCCCAUCUGCUUGUUUGGGGAGGAAAAAUUUUUUUUUUCUUCAAGUUCCAUGUGAGUUUUAGGUAUGUCAUUUCAUGUCAUCUGAGUGUCAGGUCACUCGUAAAAUGAGUUGGCUUAAAUAUCUCCAGGGUUCUUUGCAAGCCGUAGUAUUGAAGUAUAGUCAAAGAUUCUGGUAAAUGGCUUGAUUUUUUUUUUUUCCUUUCAUUAAUGUCCUCUAUUCUGAGGAAUGAAAACAGUUUAAAGUGAGCUUGGAGAUGGUGGGCAAUGCACAAUGUUUGAUUUUAGUCCUAAGAAUAUUUUAAUUGAUGACUAUAGCCAGUUGAUAAUUCUACUUAAGGAAGCAGUAUUAUCAGAUAGCAUGAUUAAGAACUUUACUGUACUUUGGUGAGUUGUAAAGAAACCCUUUUUUCUCUUGAGAAUAUAGCAUUUUGAUUCAGUGAUUAUGGCCUAUUAAAAAUGUAGCUAUUUAACUGACACCAUUAAAAACAACAGAAUGUGCAAAA